UGUCACAUGUUCGACGUGAAUGUUCAUUAUACAUACAUACGUUGUUUGUUACAAAUUUCCAAAUUAGCUAAGCAAAAAACGUUUUUUUUUCUGUGUAUUAUGCAGCAUUUUCACUGCGAAAAAUACGAUUUUUCACGAAAAAACGCAAUUGUCAUAUAAAUAAAAAUCAAAAAAUUGUGCAAAAUUAAUAAGUUUAAAUGCGAAAUAGAAGACCAACCUUAAGUGAAGGAACUAAAUUGUUUAUUGUUGUUCGAUUCGUGUAAGUGCGUAUUGUUUAUGUGUUUGUAAAACAACAAAACAAGUAAAAAUAAAUAAAAUCAUAUAUAAAUAAGUCAAAAAAUGCACACACGUUGCGCUAGUCUUUUCGUAGAAAAAUAAAAACGUGCGCGCGUGCUUCACCAAUAAGUUCAAAGCCGAAAAAACCAACGCUACAAAUAAACUCUCAAAGUUUAGUUCGGGGCAAAUCGAAAACAAUAAUAAAACAUUUCGGCUGCAACAAAGGCAGUGAGUGCGAGUUCGGAAGAUAACCUUCAAGAAAAAAAAAAAAUAACGUUUCAGGAGACAAAAAGAGCCAGAAACAAGUGUGAAGGUGGCAAACGCAAACAAAGCUAAAACAGUUAGUGUGAAGAAAGCAGCGAAAACGCAGCAAAACACAUACAACUGCGUUGAGGCAUCGAAAGGCAGGCUAUCAAGUUCGUUGUGCAAAUAUUAAAACAACAACAAUAUAAUAUAACUUCAAACUAACAAAAACAAGCAGCUCAAAGAAAUAUUAAACAAACAAAAAAGCGUACUUGCCUACAAACAUACAUAUACAAAGCCAGUAGGUGAGCGCGCGUUAUAUCGAGCUAUAAAGGCAGCAAUUACAAAUCAUCACAACAAAUAACGGUAAACAAAAAAAAAACAAUUAAAAAAUAUAGAAAUUAGAAAAAUAUAUAUUAUAAAAAAAAAUACCUAUAAAGCACUUUUAAAAAAGCUCGCAUUCAAAGAGACGUCCCUACCUCAAUUGUUUGUAUGGGUUUGGAGAGUUUGUAGAGAAGAUCCAGUGAGCGGUAAAAAAGUGUAGACAAGCAGAGAAGUUGGCAAGAGCAGACGGCAAAAGUGAAAGAGGAAGUGAAAUUAAAAAAAGAAUUCAGCGAAGGUAAAGUAGAGAAAGGAAUUAACAACAACUUAGCUUUCGGGUGGAGAGUGGCAAAUUGCGCAGUCAGUACUAACGGCAUAACAUCAAGCGAAAAAAUCGUUUGUCCGUAAAAGCGGCAAAGCUCACAACUACUGGAAACUGUUUCACCAGUAUUAACAACAACAACAGCUUGCCAGGCAGCAACAAUACAUACAUAUAUACAGCUAGCUAGGUGUGCAGUGAAUAGUGAAAAGUAACCGACAGCACAGUAAAACGCCGGCCGCACUGAAGACUUUGCGUUAUUUUUUUUUAAUUUCACAGUCGAAAAAUAGACGGAGUGAGAGUUAAACGCGCAUACACGAGGUGCUGAAAAACAAUCAGAAAAUUAAAGUUGGCUUUUCGAAACUGAUUUCGAAAAUUCGAAGCGCUUUCGCAGAGUAAACAGAGCGCACGUGGUAAUUAAAGAAAGCCAAAAUUGAAGUUUUGAAAUUUCGAAUUUAUUUUCGAAAAUUCGAAGUUAAUAAAAAGUGAAAUUUACAAAGUCUGAUAAACGAAUUUUUGUUUGCGUAAUUUAAAAUAAUAAUAAAAACAACAACAGUGUUCCUGCAAAUAAGUGUGAGUGCGCGUGUGUGUGUGUGUGUGCAUUGCACAUGAGUGAGUCUUAACUACGCCUACGACAGAAGCAACAUGGUGAAUACCAACAAGAAAGCAACGUUGGCGACAACAACCUCAACGACGACUACAAAAGCAACAACAACGAAUAAAUCAAAACAACAACGGCAAACGGUUGGUGUUGCUGUAGCGGUCGGUACAACAACAUGGGGUUCAAUAGGUAGCGUCCAGCAGAAACAAAAGCAGGAACCAGUACAGCAACAAAAAGAGCAUUCAAAAAGACAACAACAACAACAACGACAGGAAGAACAACAACAACCAGAUAUUGACGCUAAAAAGAAUACCAAGCCUAAGAAUCAGGAAAAGAUCGACAACAACAACAAAAACGACGAUCGAAUCGUCGUUGAAAGUAAGCAGUCCAAUGUUAAAAAUCACAGCAAUACCCAUAAACAGAAUAAUAUUACCGAUGAUGGCAACAGCACGCAAAAUAGCAACAAAAACAGUGAGCCGGCUAAUAAUACACUAACAACCAAAACAAUUGCUACACAAACGAUAAAAACACCGGUAAUUUCCGCUACAGAUACGAAAUCGAAAUCGAUGCGAAAGAGCGACAGUAUCGAUAGUAAGGAAAAUGCAUGCAUCCCAAAAAAACAAAAUGACAGCUGCAAUCAGACGAAACCAAUAUCGCAAGAGCAGCAAUUGCCGCGUAAAGUGACAACGGACACAAUAAACCAAAGCAACAACAGCAAUAAUAAUACUCGCUUUAACAAGAAUGCUAAGAAACAUCAGCAACAAGCCGCCGGGCAAGCUGUUGGUCGAAAUAGCCAGAACAACAAAAACAAUAACGGUAACAAGAGCCAAAAUAGCAAAGUUUUCACGAACAGCAACAACAAAAUCCGUUGGAAGCGAGUUGACAACUGUAGCAGCAUAAUAUUUAGCACUAAUCAUCAUUACAAUAAUUAUAACCACAGCAGGAACAACAAUAAUAACAAAAGCAACAAAUAUCGUAUAUCAAAUUCUAACACAUCCAGCAUCAUCACCGACGACGACGAUGACUAUCGUGAUGAUAUUGCUGAUAUGACCGAUACCGAUUCGGUAUACUCUCAUGAGUGGCAGAAGAAAAGCGCACGUUAUCAACAACAACAACAAUCAAAUAAAAAAACACCAAGUGGUAGUGAUUUAUUGACCGCCGCACUGAUGGUGCCUUGUCAAAAGUGCAACAAAACGCUAACGCCAAGUGGGGGGGUUACGUUCGCGAAUGCGCGCCAAUACCGCAAAUCCAAGUCGUAUAUGGGUGGCGGGGCGAAUGGAGCUGAUGGCACUGGUAGUGCACGUAAUUCUAUUGCUUCGGUAGAUAGUUUGCAAAAUCUAAAUAAUAGCAACGGUGGCCAUCGCUAUCAGCGUUCGGUUAGCGAUCGUCGCACUUCGUUUGAUCGUGUAUUUGCCGAACGUAAUAAGGAUUUUGUACCAAUUGUGCAGCCAACGCGCCCUGUGCUCGCAUCGUCGAACAUCGAAUGUGUAUUAACCGAUACAGAAAGGAUGACUCUCAUCGAGCGCUUGGGGAAGGGACGCUUGACAUAUCCAAUAAUGCAGGGGUCGUCAUCAGUAAAGGCAGUUAUCAUCCGAGGCUUUGCAAUUCUUUUCAUUGGGGGGGAUUUUUAAGUGGCGGGUCCCAAA